CUCUCCCGGCCUCCACCGUCUUCCCAGCCCCAGCCUCCAGCGACCUCUCUUCCCCGGCUCCCCCUCGUCCUCCUCUCUCCCUCCCUGUCUGUCCCAGCCCCACCCCAACGGAGGUGCCCAAGUGCGACCCCACCCCAGAGCUCAUGGGGCCUCGCCUCACGCCUUCUCCCUGUUUUCUUACCCCUCCCCUCAGGUUAUGGGCACGCGGCCCCGGGCACCGACGCGGGCAAGGCCUUCUGCAUGUUCUACGCGGUGCUGGGCAUCCCGCUGACACUGGUCAUGUUCCAGAGCCUGGGCGAGCGGAUGAACACCUUUGUGCGCUACCUGCUGAAGCGCAUCAAGAGGUGCUGCGGGAUGCGCAACACGGAGGUGUCCAUGGAGAACAUGGUGACCGUGGGCUUCUUCUCCUGCAUGGGGACGCUGUGCAUCGGCGCGGCCGCGUUCUCCCAGUGCGAGGAGUGGAGUUUUUUCCACGCCUAUUACUACUGUUUCAUCACGUUGACUACCAUCGGGUUCGGGGACUACGUGGCCCUGCAGACCAAGGGCGCCCUGCAGAAGAAGCCGCUCUACGUGGCCUUCAGCUUCAUGUACAUCCUGGUGGGGCUGACGGUCAUCGGCGCCUUCCUCAACCUGGUGGUCCUCAGGUUCUUGACCAUGAACAGCGAGGACGAGCGACGGGACGCCGAGGAGAGGGCGUCCCUGGCCGGGAACCGCAACAGCAUGGUCAUCCACAUCCCCGAGGAGGCGCGGCAGGGCCGGCCCCGCUACAAGGCGGACGCGCCGGACCUGCAGUACGUGUGCUCCUGCACCUGCUACCGCCCGCAGGAGUACGGGGGCCGCCCAGCCGCCCAGCAGAACUCCUUCAGCGCCAAGCUCGCCCCCCAGUACUUCCACUCCAUCUCGUACAAGAUCGAGGAGAUCUCACCAAGCACGUUGAAAAACAGCCUCUUCCCCUCCCCCAUCAGCUCCACCUCCCCCGGGUUACACAGCUUUACCGACAACCACAGGCUGAUGCGACGGCGGAAGUCCGUUUAGGGUGCGGGGCAUGCCGGGCAGGCGGGAAAAGUCGCUUGUCCUCCGUGACGUCAAGUGCCACCGGCCCACCUCGUCUUUUCGUUCUCAUUUAUUCGUUCCGGGCAUCCUUGGUUGUGAUGGUCAUGGUCACGAUUACCUUCCCUCCUUCUUUUUCCCUCCCCCCCCAGGUUUCUCGUCCUCCCCCACCGCCCCCGGCGAGACAGAGCAGGCCCAAGGGGAGAGAAAGGCCCGACUCCCUCUGAGACUCGCGUCUGAGCAUGAAGCAUGGAUUCCUUCCUCCCUUCCUUCCCAGCGAAGAAUGCCUUACACCCCUCCCCAGCCUGCCCCACCUCUGGGGUGGCUCUCCCAGGACAGGUGUGAGACCAAGACCACCAGGCAGAGCUGAGAGAAUAUAUCCGACCCAAAGUUGCCCCCCAGGCUGCCAGCCGGCCAGGGACCACCGACGUGGUGUCUGCCCUAACUUCCUCCCUCUCGUCCUCCCGAGCACUGGGUGGGUGUGCGUGCGCGGAUGGUGUGUGAGUGAGUGCACACGCCCGUGUACCUGUGUGUGUGUGUGUGUGUGUAUGUGUAUCGUGUGACAAAGCGGAAAGUGGCAGGUAUUAAUUUUUCUUUUCCACGACACAGUUCUGUUAAGAACCUGCUUUCAGCUGCUUCCAAACAAAAAUGGGAAAACAAAACCCACGAGGCUUUUGAUUUACCAUUCUGCCAAAUCAAGCAUGCUCCAUAAGCAGGCCCUAUCCCAGAUGUGUCAUGACCAUAUUCUUUAGACGCUACGUUCUAAAUUAUAUUAACUUCUUUUUCGGGGGUGGGUGGGAAGGAAGAUACGGAUCAUCUUAGCUUGCCAGUUCAAAAAUUUUUUAAAAGCAUGCACUUUGUUAAAACUGGUAUGCAUUAUCAACGCAAGAAAACAGAACUAGCAGCAGAAUUAAUCAAAAGCCAAGAAUAAUACGAAUUAAAGACAUUUUUAAUUUUAUCAUCUCCAGUUCCAACAAUUUACCGCACAACUGGAAGCGUCAGGGGAAACUGGAAAAUUGUUGGAACCUCAGAGAACCUAUUUUGUUAUUUCCCUCUCACUUACAUGGUGGUGAUGGUGGGUUAUGCAGCAUCGAUCUGCAUAAGUAAGAAUCACAGUGUGGGAUGCUUGGAUGAGAAUGGGUAUUCGUGGAUGUGGUUUCUUUUCCUAAUAAAAAAAUGACAGGGCAUUCCUUGUUUAAAACUAUAUAUAUAUAUGUAUGUAUGUAGUUCAAGAAAGACGGUCUCUAAUUGCAUUUGAUUUGUAAAUAAGGGCAAGUCUGUGUUGGUCUCAGGAAGCGUUUGGAGGUAAGGGUGGUGUCUUGGCCUGUUGGGAACUUGUCGAUCUCCAGGGAUGGUUUUCCUGAGGAGUGGAGAAAUUCCUCCCCACCCUCCCUUUAGAUGGCUCAAUGGGAAGGCCUGUUCGUCUCCUGGGGGCAACUAGGUCAUUGAAUAUGGCAUGUUGCAGGCCUUUUCAAUGACAGGAGUAAAGGAAAGUCUGGUGCCUUUCAUUUGCCUGGCCACCACCCCUGUCAUUUGUAAAACUCACCUAUCCUCCCAUGGCUUCUACAUAAACUCAAAGGUCACGGCUCUUGGAUAGAAAAGGGCUUUAACUGCUUUGCCCAGAAGCAGCAGUGGGAGGCCCCGUGGGAUCUCCCAGAAGGGAGGAUCUCCCUAGAAAGAGUGGACCUUCAAGCUUCCUGAAAGGAGAGGGCACUAAAUGCCACCAGUCCCAAGCACCUGGGCCACUGGACUGAAAUGCAGCAGUGCAGGCUCCUCCAAAGAGGCAGAUACUGCAGUGUUUAUGUCACAUGUUGAAAAUGGCGCCUGCGUCAGGACACAGAGCCUGAGGAAGGGGUCCGGGAACCACAGCCUCUCGAGGCCAGAAUAGACCGUUCUCAACCUUCAAGGUUGUCUCAAUGCACUCAUUUUGAAUAGAUGCAUAUUUUAGGGAUAAAAAUUUGUCCAGAAAAUAGAAGCAGUUAAUUUUUUUUCCCCAUCGGAAGAAAUUUUUGGUGAUAGGGGGUCACGGGUAUGAAAAUACUAGCCCAUCCUUGCAGAGUGCUUCAUGUAUUGGAGGAGUCCGCUUAGAAGAAGUGUGAGGUUUCUCAUCAAAACCUUUGUAAGGUGUGUCCUCAGAGGUCUUUGAUCUAGAGAGGAGACUGAGGUACUGAGAGGGUGAGGGGUUUGCUCAAUGUCCCAGAGCUGGUCCUGGUCCAGGAAGCGGACCCCACCACACCACACCACGGUGUCCUCGUUAGACCCUCUACUGAGGGCACCUGCCUCUCUGUCCACAGGUAGGUGCACCAGGACUCUGGAGUCAGAGGAGCAUGGGCUCAACUCUUCAUUCAGAGCUGGUUUCCGGACUCAAAUAUCCAUUUAAAGUGGCCUUCUACUUAAAUGCCUCCAGUGACAGAGAGCUCCUCCUUUCUUGGGGAGAUUGGGAAAACAUUCCAUAUUCUAUAUUUCCAUAGAGUUGACUGUUCUGUAUAGGAUUAAGGAUCGUAGGAUGGAGUUUUUGCUGUUCAGUGAUGACCACCAACUUAAAUAUUGGAAGCAGCAUGGAACCUGUCCUGCCAUAUCCCUCUUAUUUCUCUGUCCUUGGCGACUGUUCAGCCCUCUGAAGGACAAUCAGUGAGUCUUCUCUUCCAAAGUUAAACAUCCUUUUUCAUGCUGGUAUAUUGAGGGGACAGAGGGGAACCUAGCUUUGCUUCUUUUGUGACGGCCAUCUCUUUCUUAGGUGAUGGCCCAGCGGUUCGCUACCGUGGUCUCUGGCCAAGGAGUUCUCCAUGCGCACCAAUGAGGUGCUCUCUUGGGGACAGUGAGUCAAGGGCCUCCAGGGUCCUUCUCUUCCAAUAAAAUGGGUCUGAGGACUCUCCAUCUAGGGCUUGGGCACCUGAGACCUGCUCAGUCAGCACAAGAAUCCUCAAAAAGCCAAGAGGAAGCUUAGUCUGAGUCACCUCACCGAGAUCCCUCAUUUUUCGGGGGGUGGGGGAAGAGUUGAGGUGCAGAAAGAGUGAGCUGGCAUCUCAGGUCAGCCAGCCAGGCCCUUGGUCUUCUUGUGGGUUUCUCCUGCUU